CCGGAAGUACUUUUAGUAUUGAUGAGAUGCUGGUUCAUUAAUGCAUGAAGUGAGAUUUGUGUUUACAACAUAUUUUUCACUUCUUAGCAAACCAAAUUCCAACCAAGAUGUCCCGGGGCUCAAGUGCAGGUUUUGAUCGUCACAUCACUAUCUUUUCUCCAGAGGGUAGACUCUACCAAGUUGAAUAUGCUUUCAAGGCCAUAAACCAAGGUGGUCUCACAUCAGUAGCAGUCAGAGGUAAAGACUGCGCAGUAGUCGUCACACAGAAGAAAGUACCGGACAAGCUGUUGGAUGCCUCCACAGUCACUCACCUGUUCAGGAUAACGGAGAACAUUGGCUGUGUGAUGUCAGGGAUGACAGCGGACAGCAAGUCCCAGGUUCAGAGAGCGCGCUACGAGGCAGCCAACUGGAAGUACAAGUAUGGUUAUGAGAUCCCAGUGGACAUGCUGUGUAAGAGGAUUGCUGACAUCUCUCAGGUGUACACACAGAAUGCUGAGAUGAGGCCGCUGGGAUGCUGCAUGAUAGUGAUAGGUGUGGAUGAGGAGUGUGGUCCCCAGGUGUACAAGUGUGACCCUGCAGGCUACUACUGUGGGUUCAAGGCCACUGCUGCAGGGGUCAAACAGACAGAGGCCACCAGCUUCCUGGAGAAGAAAGUCAAAAAGAAACUCGACUGGACCUUUAAAGAAACUGUUGAGACUGCCAUCACCUGUCUGUCAACAGUUCUGUCAAUUGAUUUCAAGCCCUCUGAGCUGGAGAUAGGAGUCAUCACAACAGAGGAUCCUAAGUUCAGGAUUCUGACCGAGUCUGAGGUGGACAUCCACCUGGUGUCCCUAGCGGAGAGAGACUGAGCCCAGAAAGACUACAGAGUCCCAGAGAGAGAUGUGUAACUGAAUGAUGGGAUUUGUAGUCCCCCUGUUGAAGAAUGGUGUUAUCCUUGUAUUUUACCCCCUGUUCCAUUAAAAAUGUUUCUAGUAAA